AUGAACCAGAGUGAGGGCCAAGAGGAGGGGGCCCUUUCCCAUAAACCCCCCCUGUGUGGGGAUCGUGACAACCGGAGCAAAGCUCAGAGUUUACAGGAACAUGGACCAGACCGUGAUAAACCUGGACCAGCUCCCAGCUGUGUGUCCAUGGACCCUUUCAUUGACUUCAAAGAUGGUCAGACCUCUACCAUACCAGGUACUGGAGAGCAGAACAGACUCAAGAGUCCUGAACCUGGAUGUGAACCAAGCUGUCUUUCCAUCAAGAGUGACAUGUCCAUUCAGCGUUUCAUUGACCUCAAAGAUGGGCAGCACUCUGACGAUCGCCACGAGGACCAGAACAGACCGCACUGCCACAAACCAGGACCUGGACCCAGCUGCCUGUCUAUGAAGAGCGACCAGUCCAUCAGUCGCUUCCUUGUCUUUAAAGAAGGGCAGCACUCUGCUGAUCUAGGCCCUGAAGAGCAGAGCAGACCCGACUGUCCUGAACCUGGACUUGAACCAAACUGUGCGCCUAUCAGUAGAAACUGGUCUAAUGAGCGUGCCAUCAGCUUCCAAGAGGGCCAUCAAUAUGAUGAUCCCAGAGUUUUGCAGAAGAAAACAAAGAUGGGCAAUGAUCAAUCUGUCCAACGACAUAAAACAGAACUGGACUACAUAUUUUUGCUCCUUGAGAACAACAUCACCACUUUUGUGAAGAACGAGUUGAAGAGAUAUCAGAAGGUUCUGACCACAAAUGACCAAGAAUGCUUCGAGGGUCAAAGUGAAGCCGAGGGUGAGAUGGGUGGCAAUGAUUCAGAGCAGAGAACCAAUCGAGAAGCCUUUCUGAAGAUCACACUGCACUUCUUAAAGGGAAUGAAGCAGGAGAAGCUGGCUGACUGUCUGCAGAGCAAAAACCAAGCAACGCUCUGCCAGAAUAAACUGAAGUCUACUCUCAGGGAUAAAUUUCAAUGCUUGUUUGAGGGGAUCGCCAAAGCAGGAAACCCAACCCUCCUGAAUCAGAUCUACACAGAGCUCUACAUCACCGAGGGGGGGACUGGAGAGGUCAACGAUGAACACGAGGUCAGACAGAUCGAAAUGGCAUCCUGGAAACCACGCAGACCAGAAACAACCAUCAAACCAGACAACAUCUUUAAACCCUUGCUAGGAAGACAUGAACCAAUCAGAACAGUGAUGACAAAGGGCGUGGCUGGCAUCGGGAAAACAGUCUUAACACAGAAGUUCACUCUGGACUGGGCUGAAGGCAAAGCCAACCAGGACAUCCAGUUCACAUUCCCAUUCACUUUCAGAGAGCUGAAUGUGCUGAAAGAGAAAAAGUUCAGCUUGGUGGAGCUUGUUCAUCACUUCUUCACUGAAACCAAAGAAGCAGGACUCUGCAGGUUUGAAGACUUCCAGGUUUUGUUCAUCUUUGACGGUCUGGAUGAGUGCCGACUUCCUCUGGACUUCCACAACAACCAGAUCCUGACUGAUGUGAAAGAGUCCACCUCAGUGGAUGUGCUGCUGACAAACCUCAUCAGUGGACACCUGCUUCCAUCUGCUCGCCUCUGGAUAACCACACGACCUGCAGCAGCCAAUCAGAUUCCUUACGACUGCCUUGACAUGGUAACAGAAGUCCGAGGGUUUACGGGGCCACAAAAGGGGGAGUACUUCAGAAAGAGAUUCAAAGACGACAACCUGGCUGGUAAAAUCAUGUCCCACAUUAAGAAAUCACGAAGUCUCCGCAUCAUGUGCCACAUCCCGGUCUUCUGCUGGAUCACUGCAACCGUUUUCAAGGAUGCGUUCAAAACCAAAGAUAGGAGAAAACUGCCAAAGACCCUGACUGAAAUGUACAUACAUUUCCUGGUGGUUCACUCAAAGCUGGAGAACAUCAAGUAUCAUGGCGGAGGAGUGACCGAUCCGACCUGGAAUCCAAAGAGCAGGAUGAUGAUAGAGUCCCUGGGAAAACUGGCUUUUGAGCACCUUCAGAAAGGAAACCUGAUCUUCUAUGAAUCAGACCUGACAGAGUGUGGCAUCGAUAUCAGAGCAGCCUCGGUGUACUCAGGAGUGUUCACACAGAUCUUCAGAGAGGAGAGAGGACUGUACCAGGACAAGGUGUUCUCCUUUGUCCAUCUGAGCGUUCAGGAGUUCCUGGCUGCUCUUCAUGUCCAUCAGACCUUCACCAACUCUGGAGUCAACCUGAUGGCAAAUGAACAAACAUCAUGGUGGAGUAAAAUAUUCAGAAAAAAGCACAAUCUGAUACAUCUCUACCAGAGUUCUGUGGAUAAAGCUGUCCAGAGUCCAAAUGGUCACCUGGACUUGUUCCUCCGCUUCCUCUUGGGUCUCUCCCUGGAGUCCAGUCAUUUUCUCCUCCAAGGCCUGCUGACGCAAUCAGGAAGCAGCUUCGAGAUGAAACAAACCAAGGACAAAACAGUUCAGUACGUCAAGAAGAUGAUCAGAGAUAGUCCAUCUCCAGAGAGAACCAUCAAUCUGUUCCACUGUCUGAAUGAACUGAAGGAUCAUUCUCUGGUGGAGGAGAUCCAACAGUACCUUGGAUCGGAGGGUCUCUCCAUGGAUAAACUGUCGCCUUCUCAGUGGUCAGCUCUGGUCUUCAUCUUACUGUCAUCGGAGAAAGAUCUGGAAGUGUUUGACCUGAAGAAAUACUCUGCAUCAGAGGAGGCUCUUCUGAGGAUGCUUCCAGUGGUGAAAGCCUCCAGUGAGGCCCACCUUGGUGACUGUAACUUGUCGUGGAGAAGAUGUGAAACCCUGGCCUCAGUUCUGAGUUUGCAGUCCUCUAAUCUGAGAGAGCUGGACCUGAGUAACAAUGACCUUCAGGAUUUGGGUGUGAAGCUGCUUUCUGCUGGACUGGGAAGUACACAUUGUACACUGGAAACUCUGGGGCUGUCAGGAUGUCUGAUCACAGAAAAAGGCUGUGCUGCUCUGAUAACAGCUCUGAAAUCCAACCCUUCCCAUCUGAGGGAGCUGGACCUGAGCUACAAUCAUCCAGGAGAGUCAGGAGUGGAGGAGCUGCACGCUGGACUGGAGAAUCCAAACUGGAGACUGGACUCUCUGAAGGUGGACCCAAGAGGACAGCAGUGGCUGAAACCAGGUCUAAGGAAAUACGGCCGUGAUCUCACAUUUGACCCAAACACAGCAAACAGGAAGCUCAGGCUGUCUCCCAACAAGAAGAAAGUGACAUCAGUGAGAGAGGAGCAGCCGUAUCCUGAUCAUCCGGAUAGAUUUGACUACUGCCAGCUGCUGUGUACCAACGGUCUGACUGGUCGCUGUUACUGGGAGGUGGAGUGGGAGGGAAAAGUUCACAUCGCGGUGUCGUACCAGGGAAUCAGGAGGAAAGGAUUCAGUGCUGACUGCUGGUUCGGAGGGAGCGAUCAGUCGUGGAAUCUGCACUGCUCCAACGAACAUUUCUCUGUUUGUCACAACCUCAGAGAAACGGUGAUCCCUUUGUCCACGUCGUCUACAAACAGAGUGGCGGUGUACGUGGACUGUCCUGCUGGCACGCUGUCCUUCUACACGGUCUCCUCUGGCACACUGAUCCACCUCUACACCUUCAACGCCACAUUCACUGAGCCCCUCUACCCUGGGUUUAGGUUCUGGUUUGGACUGGACUCCUCUGUUUCUCUAUGUGAGCUGUAG